AYCAAAAUGAGUGAGACUCCUUCCACUGGUUUUUCCAUGAUUCACCCGAGUUCUUCUGAAGGUCAAGUUCRUUCUCCUCGCCACUUACGCAUCACUCAUCCUGUUGUGGCCAAACGGAUCAGCUUCUAUAAGAGCGGAGACCCCCAAUUCGGCGGAGUCAGAAUGGUGGUCAACCCUCGUUCCUUUAAGAGCUUUGAUGCUUUGCUGGACAACUUGUCCAGGAAGGUGCCCCUGCCUUUUGGGGUGAGGAACAUCAGCACGCCUCGGGGAAGGCACAGCAUCACGAGGCUGGAGGAACUGGAGGACGGUGAGUCCUACCUGUGCUCCCACAGUAGGAAGGUGCAGCCUGUGGACCUGGACAAGGCUCGCCAGCGCCCCCGGCCGUGGCUCAGCAGCCGCACCCCGGGCGCGCAGGCCCAGGGUCACCCGGUGGUGGCCRCGGCUCCGGGCUUGCUGCGCGCCCCCAGGCGCCUAGUGGUUUUCCGGAAUGGCGAUCCAAAGACGAGGUGCGCCGUCCUUCUGAACAGGAGGGUCACACAGAGCUUCGAGGCCUUUCUGCAGCACCUGACAGUGGUCAUGAAGUACCCGGUUGCCAAGCUGUACGCCACGGAUGGAAGGAAGGUUCCCAGUCUCCAGGCAGUGAUCCUGAGCUCUGGAGCUGUGGUGGCAGCAGGAAGGGAGCCGUUUAAACCAGGGAAUUAUGACAUCCAAAAGUACUUGCUUCCUGCUAGAUUACCAGGGAUCUCCCAUCGUGUGCAUCGGAAGGGAAAUGCUAAAUCAGAAAGCAGAAAGAUGAACACACAUAUGUCUUCGACCCCAAGAUCCCAGAUUUAUUCUGUUUCUUCUGACAAAACACAUACUAUUGACUGCUGCUCAGACUAUUCUUUUGCUCCUGAAAACUACUUGGCCUUAGAAAAACAUGGUUCUCAGAACUUAUCAAUAUAUCCUUCUGAAGACGAUAUUGAGAAAUCAAUUAUUUUUAAUCAAGAUGGUACUAUGACAGUUGAGAUGAAAGUUCGAUUCAAGAUAAAAGAAGAAACCAUUAAGUGGAUCACCACUGUCAAUACAUCUGGUCUUUCUAAUAAUGACRAAAAGAGUGAGAUAAGUUGUUUUCCUGGAAGAACAGAUCCUCCAUCACCUAGUUUCAAGUUUGCAGCGUGUUCAAUGUCUGCAGAUGCUAAAGGCAAUAAUCAAGAGGCCAGUUUAGCAGAAGAAAUAAACACUCAAAUGACAGUUCAAGAGGCUGAAACUUGCAGUUUUGCUAGUUGGGAGAAUGCUGCUUUGGACACAGGUAACAUCCAUGGAACUCAGAAUCAAGUGAAGCAUCGUUUUCAUAGACCACCUACACCUGGACCAAGGAGAGCAAGACAAAAGAAAUCAGUGAUGGGGAGUGUGACCCUAGUAUCUGAAACAGAAGUUCAAGAGAAACAGUUUUCCUAUAGUGAAGAAAGGGAAGGUGGGAAAAACAAAUCUGAAUAUCACAUGUUCACACAUUCUUGCAGUAAAAUGUCAUCUGUAUCCAACAAACCAGUAUUUGUUCAGAACAAUCAGAAUGAGCAGAUGGAGUCAUCUUUAGAAAGAAAAAAGGAAAGUAGACUCCCCAAAUCAAGAGCAAUAGGUGCUGGUAUUAUAGAAAUUACAGGUCAGAAGAUGGUAAAGAUGUCCCAUAAUAGUGGCUUAUCAUCAUCAACAUCAGAGAACUCCACUGUGGAAGAAAGUACAGUUAAUAGUGUCAUAUCAGACAACAAAACUGAUAUCAAGAACUUAAGAACUUACAAUAGCACCAGUGAUACGUUCAGUCCUAUUUCAGCAGAUGUCACGAGCUCUACAAGUAACAAUUCUGGGACUGACAGAAGUAUUUCUGAGGCCACCGUUUCCGUAGGGUCUUCUACUGUCACCACAAGAAUUGACAGAUUAACUGAUGAAUUUUCUCAGCGUGGUUUAACAGAACUGCCAGAAAAUCAAAAACAGACUGUAUUAUCUGUUUUCCGGAAAAAGAAGAAGAAAGUUCAGCCGCAAGUAAUAAGUUCCAGGUAUCAAGAUGGGGUAAUUGCCACCAAAGAAAUCUCCAAAAAGAGUAAGAGAAUAAAUACAGGAGAUAGAAUUGCAGAAGCCACCGUGUUGAAAGGUUCACACCGUCCCCUUAAAGGAGGGACACUUUGUGAGGAAGACCCCCAUACAAGUGAUAUGGUAAUCAAAUCAAAUCAUUUUUAUUCCAAAAGUAUUCUCCAUCCCACAAUUUCUAAGAAUUUCCAUAGAAAUAAAUUAAAUACUAUUCAAAACYCUAAGGUUCAAGGACUUUUAAUCAAAAGAAAAUCCAGGCUACUAAAGAGAUCAAGUUUAGGAACACCCCAAAAAAGAGAAAUUGGUCAGGGAGAUAAAGUACUAGCCCAYAACGAAUCUAAAUAUUACAAAAGCACUUUAAAAAAUCAAAGUUCAUUUCAUGUGUUUAAUCACACUGAACAAACAUCAAAAGUUUUUUGUGAUCCAGAGUCUCAAGCAGAAAUAGCAUCUGGGAAUUUGAGAGGAAUGGCCAAAAAGAGUUUAUUUCCAAAAAUUAAUGAUUCACMCAUAAUUUCAAAAAGCCCCCCCAAACGGAAAGGGGUUAAAUUGAAAUCAGGUGCUAUUGUAAAUAAGCACCAUGCUAGAGCUAGGACCAAUUCUUUAGCUUCUUUGAGAAAAGCUGAUUUCCUUGAGGAUAUUGCCCAUAAUUCGGUUCAUAAUUAUAUACAGAGAUGGUUGCAGAACAUAAAUCCGUAUCCAACUUUAGAACCUGGAAYGUCAGCUCCACUAUGCAAAAAUGAAAGGAGAGUGGUAAAUUAUAAUCAUGGCGGUUCUCCAGGAAAUCAUCCCCACACAAAUACUGCAAAAGGAAAUGAUUUUGUCCUGCAAAGUAGUAAGCACAUGACUAAAAAUGCCACUUUGACAGGAGAUAAUCUCUGUAAAGAGGCAGGUGAAUCUCCUCUUGCCAAAGAUGACGGUGAAGAACCUAAAGAUCUUGAUGAGAGUCAGGUUGGAUCUGUGAAUGGCGCCCACUUGGUUUCACUGCACGAAUAUGGUACAUUGUCACAACCAGCUGUCAAUGACCCUAAGACUAAAAGCCAGAGAUCUGCUGAAAAGUCAGGACCAGAAAUGAGCCUUGUUUGCCAGGGAAUAAACCUAGCUAAGAAAGCACAAAGUGUAGAGGUUGCCAUCCAAGUAGAUCCUAYGGAAGAGAGCUCUCCCAAAGACCUCUUAUCAGUCCUGCUGCUUCGCCAAUUUCAAGCUCCAGCUGCGGGUGUCCACAAGCCUCAGAAUGGAGUCGUUCAGAUGCCAGGUUCACUUGCAGAUGUUUCUUUCCCUUCUUCCCUGUGUAAUUCAUCCACUAAUCUUCUUCUGGCUUGGCUGUUGGUGCUAAACCUAAAGGGAGGUAUCACUAGCUUCUGUCAAGGGGAUGCUCACAAGAUCACCAGCCGAUCUUCAGAGACACUUGCCCUGUUGGAAGUUCUAAAGCACGUGGCCGUCACAGAGGAAGCUGAUGAGUUGAAGGCUGCGGUUGCCCAUUUAGUGGAAGCCACGAAACGUUGCCCUGGACCCAGCGGGGAAGAACCGGGUAGGGUUCCGGGAGGUCUGUCUGCCAAUUGUGUCACAGCCAACAUUCAGGGAGUUUCUGACUGCAGUGGAAAUGGAAGAACCCUGAAAAUCUCUUUGGAGAGAGAUUUUCAGGAUUCUACCGAUCAGGUCUGUGAUUCUGAGGUCUGUGUUCCAGAAACGCCUUGCUCUCUGUGUGCAGUAGGCACUGUGGAUGACACUUACCCUCCCGCAGAAACAUGUCACCCCAGCGAAGCUGGUUCCCCUGGUGAUGAUGGUGUUGGGGAUCAGACCUCCUUGAGUCAACCUUGUUUCCUAGGACAGAUCUGUGCACUUCCUGAUGCUGAGUUUUUCCAGGAAGCUUACGCUGAAGAGGAAAAUAUCUAUGAGGCAGUUUGCUCAACUGAUGAGACCCACAUUCCCACCAGAGUCCUCAAUACUAUUGACAUUUUAGACUCCCAAGAAAACAAAUACAUUGAUUCAUUGGAAUUAAGCGAAGAGUCGAGAAGAGUUGAUGAAGUUGAGAAAGACCUACAUGUUUCGGCAGACUCUGAGUAUAAAAGUGGCUUUAAUACAUCAGCGUCACUUCGGGAUGUCAGUGAUUUAAGCCCUGGUGGCCUUUUCUCGAGUAAAACUGAUCUCGAGUUUGAUAAGCAACAGAGUUCUUCAGAUGAAUUUGAAAACUGUUCACUAAAGAAAUUUCAGGAUAAAAAUACCUACACUUCCUUGGAUAAGGAAGACUCAAGAACUUCUGAAGAACCAGGUUCAGUCACCAACAGCAUGACAUCAAGUGAAGGAAAUAAUAUCUCGGAAUUGGAGUCCUUUGAAGAAUUAGAAAACCAAGACACUGGUAUCUUUAAUACCAAGGUAAAUGCAGAAGAGCAAACCACUGAAGAAUCCAUCCAAAAAGAGAUAGAGGCUGGUGGAAAUUUGCAAUCCAUCCACAUGUCUAGUAGGAAUAUUAGAGAAGAAGAAAGAAGGAAUGAUGUAAUUUCUGAGACCACCAAUCCGAGGCAGGUGACACCCCCAUCUUUGGUGUUUUGUUACGAUUCUAAGCAAAAUACUGAAAAAGAGAUUAGUGAAGGAGAUGCUAAGAGGAGAGCUAAAAUGACAGUGAGGCGCAGAGAAGCUGGGAGUUGUUCAGAGUCCUCUCUUGAUUUCAAAAAAUGCUUCAAAAGCCCGGCAACUUCUGACUGGUCAGACUAUAGGCCAGACAGCGAAAGCGAGCAGCCACAUAAAACAUCCAGCGAUGACCACAAUGACAGUGAUGACACUGCCCAAGAGAAAGAAUAUAAUAAAGGGUUUGUUAAAAGGGCCAUAGAAAAACUUUAUGGGAAGGCAGAGAGUAUGAAACCAUCUUUUUUUCCAGGGUCUUUACACAGAUCUCAAGUUUCUCCUGACAAUUCUGUGGGGUUUCAGUGUGCAAAGAAAGCAAAUUCUUGUGUUUCUGAAGGUCGGUCAUUUGGCUUCUCUGAACAGGUGUCUAGGAGAUCCCYGAUGUUGCAGGAAUUCCAGGAGGAAAGACAAGGUCAACGUGAUGCUAAUGGUAUGGGGGACAGUUAUCAUGAGGUCGACAUGGCAGACCAUGGUACUAUAAAACAAAAUGAUCCUAACAGGGUCCUCAGAGACAAAGAGGAAGGAAAACUGAUUGACAAAGGCAAGUGGCUUUUGAAAGAAAAUCAUCUGCUCAGGGUGUCAUCUGAGAAUCCUGGCAUGUAUGGCAAUGCAGACACUACAUCAGUCGAUACCCUCCUUGAUAAUAACAGCAACGAGGUGCCAUAUUCACAUUUUGGAAAUUUGAUCCCAGGCUCAAACAUGACUGAAUUAUCCUCUUCAGAGCUGGAGGAGCUCACUCAACCUCUUGAACUGAGAUGCAAUUACUUUAACUUGCCUCAUGGGAGCGACUCUGAACCCUUCGGUGAGGAUUUUGCAGAUGUUGAGAAUAACACCUCUGCCAAGGAGAGACCACCAGAUCGCACAGAAGAGAAGGGUAAUCCUCAAUCAGAAAGAGUAUGCACGUCAGUCACUCAUGCCUUUACAUCUUCUAGUAACAAAGUUCACCCCGUCUCUGAUGAGAUCAUUAAAACCCAACCGUUACCUGGCAGUUCUGUAACUCACAGUACACUUCCGGAAGGCGACUCUCUGGAUAAACUCUACGCUCUUUGUGGUCAACACUGCCCCAUACUAACCGUCAUCAUCCAACCUUUAAAUGAGGAAGAUAGAGGAUUUGCUUAUCGCAAAGAUUCUGAUAUUGAAAAUUCCUGGGGUUUCCAUUUAGGGAUGAAAAUAUACCCCUAUUGGCCACAGUCAAACAAAAACACAUUCAAGAAUCAGGAUGAUCAUUCAAUCAGGAGAAAAGAAUUUGUGGAUAACGCUAUUGACGAUCCAUUUGAUAGACUUUAUUUCAAUAAAAUGUUUGACUUGAUGGAUAAAAGAAGGAAACCAAAAAGAAUUAAGUUCUUGGGCUUAGAGGAAGAAAGCAAUUUAAAGAAAUUUCAGUUAUAUUUAAAGAAAAGGUUUUGUGUAAACUUCUUGCACAAAUCAUUGUUAGUUGUGGGUGACGGGAAUUCAGAAAAACAAAACCCCAGCAACUGGACAAAUGGUGUUUUUAAGACAGUUGAUGAGAAUAACAACUUAUUAAAUGACAGAUUUCAGAACUCAAGAACAAAUCUCAAUCAAGUAGUAAGAGAAAAUGUCAACUGUCGUUUCUUCUUUGAAAUGCUUUGUCAAACCUGCCUGCUAGAUAUUUGCCAAGUUGAGACAUCCUUCAAUGUUAUUAAUAGAAAUAUAUUAAAAAUACAUUAUAUUUUUGAGGGUGAAAAUCUUCUCAUUUGGGAAGAGGAAAACCAAUUAAAUUUAAUUGAUCUUGAAAGCAGUAAUAGGCAAGAUGAUUUUUAA